AUGGUCUUAAUAGCAAUUACUUCCCUGUCAAUAGUGGGUCAAAAAAUAAAAGAAGCCACCGAAUCUGUUUUUGAUUCUCUAUUAACCUGUCCAUGGUAUUUAUGGAACACUGGCAACAAACAAAUUUUGAAUAUUUUUUUGAGCAAUUGCGUUGAGCCUUCUACUCUAUCAAUGUCUCAUAUUGUUUUGGAUUAUUCAUUUACAGUAACGUGUAAUAUCUGUAUAAUAACUGGGCUAUUACAAGUGGACAAGAUGUCCAAGCUGUGCGAUGAAACUUUAAAAGCUUGUAGAUCCUUUGAGGAGAUGGACGAAAAAUCUCAAAAACACAUUAAGUUCGUUGGAAAUUUGACGUCUAUUUUAUUUGUAGGAGUGGCGAUAUUAACGCAAAUACAUUAUUACUUGUUCUUGCCGAUGCACGAAGACACCAAAAAAAUUUACUUCGCCUACUGGUUCGUAGAAGAGUAUUUGUGGCCUUUCAAACGAAUUUUUUUGUUUUUAUAUUUUUUGUCGAUUUCGCCAACUUUUUACGCUGGUUUGGCGGAACUUCUGCCGGUGAUUUACGUGGUGAUGCAAUGCUACUUCCAAACCAGAAAUUUGCAGAAUUUUAUCGAAAAUAUUUCCAGAGAUUUUGAUUGCAACGACUUGCAGCUCUACGAUGAUAAAAACUACCAGAAAGAAAUCAAGAAACGUUUGAUUUUUUGUGUUAAAUACCACCAAGAUAUAAAAAAGUAUGGAGAAGUAUUAAAAAAAGUCGUAAAAAUACAAAAUUUUAUUAUUUUAGAAUUUUAA